AUGGCGGAGGAUCUGGACGAGCUCUUGGAUGAAGUCGAGUCCAAGUUUUGCAGACCCGACCCAGUGAGACUGGACAUGGUCGAGCUACCCAAAGGCUGCGGCGGCGGCACCCACAGCAGCGACCGGAACCGAACCAAGGCGAAAGAGACUCUCAGAUCAACAGAAACAUUUAAAGAGGAAGAUGAUCUUGACAAUCUUAUUAAUGAAAUAUUUGAAGAGCCCAACUUUGACAAAAAACCCUGUAAAUUAAAAUCUAAAUCUUCAGGUAACACAUCUGUCAAAGCUUCCAUUCAAGCCUUUGGUAAAAGUUGCAGUCCAGUAUAUCUUGGGGGAAGUGCUAUUCCAUGUGGAAUUGGAACAAAUACUUCAUGGAGAGCAUGUGACCACCUGCGUUGUGUAGCCUGUGAUUUCUGCAUAGUAAGCUACAAUGACUAUAUGUGGGACAAAUCAUGCGAUUAUCUGUUUUUCAGGAACAACAUGCCAGAAUUCCACAAAUUAAAAGCAAAGUUGAUAAAGAAGAAAGGAAGCCGGGCAUAUGCCUGCCAGUGUAGCUGGAGAACUAUUGAAGAACUGACUGACCUUCAGACAGAUCAUCAGCUUCGAUGGGUUUGUGGUAAACACUAAGCAUAAGGAUUUCACAUUUGGACAGAUGCAUGCAUGGGAACGGUCUCCGUUAAUACUGUUUACCUAGCAAGAUCAUGCCCUCUGGGAAAAGACUGUGAAUUUUAUUUAAUAUAACCACACAAAUUUUUGAAGACCAAAUGGACUUGGGAAGAUAAUGUGU